UUCGAUGAGGUGAUCCGACGUGUCGGAGAGUUUGGAAGGAUUCAGUUGCGGACGACAAUAUUCGGUGGCUUGGUGACGAUGACAACAGCACUGCAAAUGAUGGUGACAGUCUUCAUGCAGCAAUCACCGGCACAUAGGUGUGCCAUUCCAGGCCUGGCAAACGACACCUUUGAAAUCCAAGGUGCCUGGCACCAAUAUCUUAUCAACCAAACCAUUCCUGUAGACGAGAAUGGGGAGUAUGAGGGAUGUCUGUGGCGUAGUGGAAAUGAUUCCGGGAAUGGUAGUGUUUUGUCGUGCAAUGAAUGGGUUUAUGAUACAUCUGUAUUCCCGAGAACGUUUCCUACAGAAUUUGGUCUAUUAUGUGGAAGUUCCUUAUUGAUAAAUAUGGUGAACGUGGUCUAUCUAACAGGGGUGGCUGCAGGGGCUAUUGUUGGCGGCCUUGCAGCAGACUGCAUUGGUCGUAAAACAGUAGCCUUCAUCUUCUGUUUAAUCCAUGGGGUCGGUGGGGUAGGAGCGGCACUCUCACCUACCUACGGGGCCUUUGUCGCAUUCCGAUUCUUCGUCGGGACUUGUCAUGGCGCUGCAAAUAAUUGUGUGUUGGUACUGGGUAUGGAGUUUGUUUCUCCAAGAAAACGGAUUAUAUCCGUAUGCGUAUUAGGCAUAUCAUGGGGUGCGGGCAUCGUGCUUGCAACCCCUCUGGCUUAUCUUAUACGGGACUGGAGAUAUCUGCAGUUAACCGUGGCAUUGCCCCCAUUCCUAUAUCUAGGAUUCUGGUGGAUAAUCCCGGAGUCCCCUCGCUGGCUGUUAUCUAGGGGGAGAUACAAGGAAGCUGAGAGGAUAGUGCGGUGGGCGUCCAGAGUGAAUGACGGAAAGAUGCCGGAGACCGGUCAUUUCUUGAAUGAGCAUUCUUUGCAAAUCACUCCGACUUUAAGUCCCCUGAAGAUUUUUAAGGCACCAAGACUUAUGGCGAGGACAGCAGUAGCAAUCUGUGGCUGGAUCACAGUUGGCAUAUCAUGGUAUGGUCUUACACUAAAUCAGGGGUCUCUAGGAGGUGACGUCUUCCUUAAUGCUCUAGUACUGUCUCUGAUCGACCUGAUGGCUUUCCUAUCGUUGACGAUCAUCAACAAAGUUGGUAGGAGAAGAGCAUACUGUGCCAGUAUGAUGCUCUCUGCCCUGUCUAUGUUGUCAACUGUACUGGUCCAUUUCUUAGCAGACAGAGAAAGUCAGUCAACCAGUACCAUCUUCACAGCUCUGUACACGAUAGGGAAGUUGGGAGUCAGUGCUUGCUUCUGCCUUCUAUUCAUCUGGAAUGGAGAGUUCUAUCCUACGCCCCUACGAAACUUUGGGAUAGGAUUAGGAUGUACAUUCGGCCGCAUUGCGGCUAUUUCAUCUCCGAUUGUAAUGGACCAACUCGGAGAACAUCCAGUUCUUGGUAACACUGUUCCUCUGAUAUUGUUUGGCUGCAUGGCAUUGUUCUGUGCUUUGAGUGGUCUAUAUCUCCCUGAAACCGCACAUAAACACCUGCCAGAGACCUUGGAAGAUGCUCAAAACUUUGGAAUAAAAGGGUGUGAGGAGGCCGUCUACAAAAAGUCCAGUGAGACAGCUGCACCAUUAUUUGAAAUGGCAUCUUAAUCAUAUCAGUGUGCCAUCUGGUGACACAAUUUGAGACGAAUGGGCGUUUUUUUCAUCUCCUUCGGUUAGAUGCCAUGCACGUUUUAAACACAAACUGGAUAAUGCGAUUUCAAAUGGCAUUGACAGACUAAAAAAUGCGUUUUCACUGACCAAAUGUAUUUCUACAAUGGGAACUGCAUUUAUUUUCACUGCCUCACAUUGGCAACUUAAAUCGAAGGCUGGCUUUUCAUACUUUACGUUUCAAUGUCCGACAUGUCGCAACUUAGUGAAAUCAAAUGUAUCAUUCUGUUAAAAACGCUAGACUGAUAAUUUUUUUUAAUUCAAUAUUGCAA